AUGGCAAUGAACUGCUUGAAUCCAAAAUAUGGACACACCGCUGGAUGUUCAUUUACUUGUUUCCUUUUUUCCAACCCUCCUUUCUUUUUCUACAGAUGUCUAAGCUACAGAGAACCAAAAAAUGUAACAAGUGUCUCAGAAUUCUUCCUCGUGGGAUUCUCAGAUGAUCAAGAACUGCAGCCUUUGCUCUUUGGGCUGUUCCUGUCUGUGUACCUGGUUGCCAUCUUUGGGAACCUGCUCAUCAUCCUGGUUGUCAGCUGUGACUCCCACCUUCACACUCCCAUGUACUUCUUCCUCUCCAACCUGUCCUUGGUUGACAUUGGUUUCAUCUCCACCACAGUCCCCAAGAUGAUUGUGGACAUCCAAACUCAAAACAGAGUCAUCUCUUAUGUGGGCUGCCUGACGCAGAUGUAUUUUUUUGUCCAUUUUGCAUGUAUGGAUGAUAUGCUUCUGACUGUGAUGGCCUAUGACCGGUUUGUGGCCAUCUGUCACCCUCUGCACUACUCAGUCAUCAUGAGCCCACGCCUCUGUGGCUUCUUAGUUUUGGCGUCUUUUUUAAUUGGCCUUUUGGACUCCCAGCUGCACAAUUUGAUUGUUUUACAACUUACCUGCUUCAAGGAUGUGGACAUUUCUAAUAUCUUCUGUGGCCCUUCUCAAUUCCUCAGCCUUGCCUGUUCUGAUACUCUCUCCAAUAACAUAGCCAUAUAUAUUUUUGGUGCCAUUUUUGGUUUUCUCCCUUUCUCAGGCAUCUCUUUUUCUUACUAUAAAAUUAUUUCCUCUAUUCGGAGAGUUCCAUCAACAGGUGGGAAGUAUAAAGCCUUCUCCACAUGUGGCACUCACCUGUCAGUUGUUUGCUUAUUUUAUGGAACAGGCUUUGGCAUUUACUUUGGAUCAGCAUUUUCACCUUCUCUCUGGAAGGAUGUGGUGUCCUCAAUCAUGUGCACAACAGUCACCCCCAUGCUGAACCCCUUCAUUUACAGCCUGAGGAACAGGGACAUCAAGAAUGCCCUGUGGAGACUCUAUAGCAGACCAAUCUAA